CAACCAGACGUCAAUUUACGCUUUGUCAGUCCCAUGUCUACCAAAAUUUUAACUUUUCUCUAUUUUACAAUCUCCGUUCUCUUGCCUGCUUCAGGAUUCGACUACGGAGACCGGUGCAUGCCAAACGAUCCGCUUCAUGUUUGCAACCAAGACUAUUUUCUAGAAUGUAUCGACUACUCUUGUAGCUGUAAUUCGAGCAUGUUAUGGGACCUCAAAGCCUCAAAGUGUGCCCUUAAGUUGGGACAAAGCUGUGACCUUCAAUCAGGUCCGUCCUGCUAUGGAACUGCGGCCUGCCAACUGGAUGGUGCCAACACCCACGUCUGCACGUGCCCAGCACCAGACUAUCCGUCUCAAAAUGGCGACUACUGCAUCCAUCUGGCCACCAGUAUGGACGCAGACUGUAGAAAUUUGGGGGUAACUUGCGACGCGGAACAACGCUUAGAAUGUGGCGGGACAAAAUGUCAUUGCAUGGCGGGAUGGCAGGAUGAUACUCGAACCAAAUGUUAUCCCGACAUUAAUACCACGUGCGUUCCGGGUAGUGAACUUCCGCAUGAGAGCUGUUUGGCGUCCCAAGGUCUGCAAUGUCACGGGGAAAGGAAUCAAUGCGAAUGUGAACGUCCCGACGACCAAAAUUGGGGGGAAAUCGGGUACACGAAACGAUUCCGGUGUCAAGACAAGGUUGGGGCAAGGUGCGACACUAAUGUGGUAAACAGCUGUGUAAAUAUGGCCAUUUGCAACAGAACGGACGGCGAUGUUUGUUCCUGCCUCCCGCCGGGUUGGAUUGCAUCGCCCGACCGAUUAACCUGCAUUCCUCCGGUUGUACGCGAAUUCGGGGAAAAAUGUACCGUAACCAACGACUAUUUGUAUCAUGAUUGCAACCCAGACAAAAAAUUAAAUUGCCAAUGCAAACCUAAUUUGGUAAAUUGCACGUGUGGCUGCGGUUAUGGCACAAUUUCCAACAGUGCCGGCGUGUGUAGCGCGGGAUUUAAUACGUCCUGCGAAAGCGGGGAGGAAACCCCAAACCAUUUAAAAUGUAGUGAGGAAGCCUUCCUAAAGUGUGACGUGCGAGAGGGAAAAUGCGGUUGCCAGUCCAGUUCGACCCAAUUUUGGACGGGACAAAAUGCAGUGCAAAAAUUGGAGGGGAAUGCGACCCUACCGGCGUUGACGACCCGCGUGUCAUACAAUGUCAUCCCUCGGCCACGUGUAUGCGAGUGGAGGAUCGAGACUUGUGCUGGUGCAGGCAGGGAUUUAUUCCCAGGGAGGAUCUCGUAACGUGUAUUUCGAGCAGUAUGGGGACCAAACUGACGAACGGAGACGCCUGUACUGCAUGGGAUUAUAAGAGAUAUUGUGACGAGUCAUACACUAAUUUGUACUGCAUUAAUGCCACGUGUCAAUGUCCAGACGGUUACAAAUUUGGUGAGUCGUGGUACUCCCAAUGUUUCGCGAAGUACGGAACAGCGUGCAGCAGUUCAUCCUCAUUACCCCGAAAUACCUGCCAUCGCGACGAAUUUCUCAACUGUCACGACAAUACCUGCGUUUGCACCGAAUUAACCGUGUACGAACCGGAAGUGGGACGGGAAGCGUGUUUCGUUCGGGUGAACGAAAUUUGCAAAGGUGACGUGGGCGAGGGACGCUGCAUCACAAAUGCCAUCUGUACCGCUCCAAAUCCAGAUUAUCCCAUUAAUACCUAUUGCCAAUGUAAGGAGGGUUACGAGGAGGGGGUCGGGUCAAAUGGGACAAUUUGUACGACAUCGGGAGGACAUAAGAUGAAUAAUUUCGGUCCGGGUAUUUUCCUUAGUUUAAUACUAUUAAUUUGGUUAUUCUCCCAAUAAAAAAAAUUGUUAAGGAUAUCAUGAUUUGUAUGUAAAUGCGUAAUAAAAUUCCUAUUGAGUAACCAAUUUGCAAGAUAAGAUGGAUGCAAUUUCCUGUCAAUUAAAAUUAUCUGAAAGUCCUGCCCAAAAAAUGUGAAGUAUCUGUAUCGUAAUUUGUAAAUGCGCAAUAUGUAAUUUCGGUUAAUGACUAAUAAAAUUCCUCGUGAAC